AUGAAUCGGAACACCAAAAAACAUUAAACUCAGCUCCAAACUAAUUCCGCCACCCAUCUUCAUUCUGGAACCAUCAUUGCAGACAAGUUUAUAUUGAUGGAAAAAGUGGGCCAAGGCAGCUUUGGAUAUAUCUUUAAAACCGAGAAUAGUGAAACAAAAGAAAUAGUGGCUACUAAAUUCGAGAAAAGAGAGAAUCGCAGCAAUGGCACAGCUAGCAUGCUGGUCAGAGAAAUCAAAGUAUUGCUAGAAUUAAGCGGAGUCGAUGGUUUCCCAUAGAUCCAAUAUUACGGAAGAGACGAAAAUUACAAUUAUUGCAUGAUCACUUAUUUGGGUCAUAAUUUAGAAUACCUACUCAGAAGAAGCAAAGGCUUUUCCUAAUUGUCUUGUCUUAAAUUAUCUCUUUAAUUAAUUGAAAGGUUGGAAUCUCUGCAUAACAAAAACAUCAUUCAUAGAGAUCUAAAACCUGAAAAUAUGGUUAUUGGGUAUCUUGACAGUCAUAUUGUCUAUCUGAUUGAUUUCGGAUUAGCUAAAUAUUUUAAAGAUAGUAAUGGAUAACAUAUACCUUUGUCUGAUAAAAAGGGAAUCAUCGGAACCGCCAGAUACGCAAGUAUAGCGGCUCACUAAGGAUUUGAGCAAUCCAGAAAAGAUGAUUUAGAGAGCUUAGCCUAUGUCUUGAUUUAUUUAAACUUGGGAAAACUUCCAUGGAUGAAUCUCUAAAUAGCGGAUAAGCAUGAGAAAUAUCAAACUAUAUUGGAGAUGAAGAAAAACACGAAAUUAGAAGAAUUGACUGAAGGACUCCCUUAGGUAAUCGAAUAUUUUAUUUAGUGCUAUUUAUUGUUGUUGUAACAUGCAAAAUCGAGGGAAUUUUCAGAAUCUCCUAAUUAUGCAUUUCUUAAGGAUUAAUUCAGAAAAACCAUUAAUGAAAAAGAGUCUGAAGAAUCAUUCUAUAUGUUUGAUUGGGAGAAAUUAGCUGAAGUUAAGAACAAAAAAUAAACUCUCCAAAAUUAAUUAGGUAAUCCUCCAGUUGUAAGAAGUACUAUUAAAAGAUCCUCUGCUGUUGUUGAUUAUCCUAAAAAGCAGCCUUCCACUCAUUUAAUCAUUCCUGAACCUGAAAAUUUGGAAAAUAGAAGUCGAAAUGGAGUCAGCAUGCAUACUUAGGGAACUUCCAAAAUGAUAAAUUACCAAUAAAGUCAUAAAAAUAUAGUUGAAGUUGAUAAGUAUCGGAGGUUUAUGCAAUAAUAAUUACCGAGAAAUCAAAAGAAAAGCCAAACAGUAAUGUAGAAACAAUAAUCAACAUUUUGCAAAGAGACUAGUAAGCAUUUUCAUGAAAGGAUGAAAACAAUCGAAUAAGUAGAAUAAGAGUUCGAAUCAUUCAAUGAUUUAGAUCUAUUAGCAUAAGAUGAUGCAAAUUUACACUUCAAUAAUAUUGAAGCAUUCUCUUUUAAACAUUAAUUGUAACAUUGA